UCAGCAGUGCCACAUCAGCAGUGCCAUGUCAGCAGUGCCACAUCAGCAGUGCCACAUCAGGAGCGCCAUGUCAGCAGUGCCACGUCAGCAGUGCCAUGUCAGCAGUGCCAUGUCAGCAGUGCCAUGCCAGCAGUGCCACAUCAGCAACAGUGCCACGUCAGCAGUGCCCCGCCAUCAUGACGGGCUCAGCUCUGGGCAUGCCAGGCCAACUGGCAAAUGAGUCCAUUGCCAAGUACCGACAGCGUUUCGAAGCUCAGCUCGCACUGAUCGAGGCUGAGGAACAGCGUCAGGCGGCAGCCGAGGCAGCCCACCUACAAGCUGAAGCGGCGGCAACAGCUGAAAAGCAGCGGCUUCAGGCCGAAGCAGAAGCAGAUACCCAGGCACGCCGCAAGGAGGCCCCGGAUCUGUUACAGCGGCAUGAAGCCACCAGCAUCGAAAAGCUCAAGUUUUGGCAUUUUGAACCAUCUGAGCAGCACGACGACGCGACACCGGAAGAGCAGCACAAGGAGUUCCUGGCCAAACUCGUGACCCGGUUGGUUUACACUUGUAACCACCAGCAGUCCAAGCUGGCGAAUCUCCGACGGGCGGUGCGGAACCACAAGGAUCUGCACGAGGAUGCUACACGGGCACUUGAUUGCCGUGUACAGGACUUGGAGCAAUCUGCACCAAGACCAGAUGUUGGCGAGUCCAGCAGUGCACCCUCUACCCGCCAAUUGGAGGAACGAGUUGACCACGUCGUCGCAAUGCUCGGCGACAUCAGCACCUUCGCUGCACCAGCAACCAUCAGCAAGCAGCUGGACACCUUGAAGACCGAGGUUCAGCAACUGCACCAGCGGCCCAACAAGGAUGGCAACGCCAGUGCACAACACUACAAGAUGCCGACAUUCCAAAUCGAGAAGUUCGAUGAUUAUACGCAUCAAGACCCGGUCCCCUGGUGGGAGGGCUUUACGACGCAACUUCGGAUUCUUUUCGUCCCCGAGCACUCGUACAUCGGCGCGCUGUUCCUCAACUCAAAAGGCAGAUGCCAGAUCUGGCUCAGCCACCUCGCAACCAUUCACGGCGUCCAGGUCGCAGAUCUGAAAGAUAAGAUCUCUUGGGAAGAGUUAACACGGCUAUGGAAGAAGCGGUUCAUCGUGGACGACGCCCCGACGCUCGCCAUCAACCGCCUCUUCGCUAUGACGCAAGGCAACACAUCGACACGCGACUGGCUCACGGAAUGGCAAAAGAUCGCGGCGAUGUCGGAUCUCGAAUUGCCAUUUUCGCAUCUGCGCCCGGAGUUCUACAACCGGUCAUGUGCCGACUCGAGCCUUGCACUUGGUGAUCGCGAGCAAUACGCGACCUUCACCGAAAUCAUCAACAAGGCAAGGGAGAUCAUCAAGACCAAUAGGGCGGCUGCACACGAGAAGUCGGCAUGGCAGCCAACCUAUGUGGAGAAAGGUAAAUUUGGUCCGUGUCUGCAGCAUGUCGCUGCAGUCCACACGGACAACAUUGUAGAAGACCCGACAGCCACCCAAGCAUCACGUGAGGCAGAUCAUGUGGCUGCUGUCCAACCGCGAAGCAACAACAACUCCCGAGGAAAAGGGAAGGCGAAAACCGCAUCGUCGGCCGAAAACGGACAGCCAGCAUCAUGGGAUUACUUGCACACUGCAGUACCAACUCCGUUGAUGGACGCCGGAGUAGAGGUUGUCGACCUUCACGCCUACAUUGCGAGGAUCGACCGCGAGUUCAAGACACAACGCGAGGAUCACCCGGUGAACUUCUACCGCCGCACCGUUCACGUUCGUGAUCGGAACGGAGUACUAGUCUCAUGCACGGUGCCUCCUCCUCACCCUUCGAUAAGCUGCCACGUGGUGUCCGCCGCAAGCAUUCGAGCGUCCAUCAUUUGGGAUGACAUCGAGGAGAUGGGGGUGUGUUUUCUCCACGCCCUCCCGCCCCAAGACCUUCCAUCGAUGGACUUACCACCGGACCCACGCAUUACCGAGCUUCUCGACGCUUACGGCGACAUGUUCGAAACACCGCACGGAGUAGUACCGGAUCAGCCCAUCCGCGACAAGAUCAUCCUCGAGGACGGGGUCGUACCUCCACGUGGUUGUAUCUACCGCAUGAGCGAGGAAGAGUUAAGUGUGCUAAGGGCACAACUCGACGAUCUUCUCGAGAAAGGCUGGAUUCGGCCUAGCUCUUCGCCAUACGGUGCUCCCGUUCUCUUCGUCCGGAAGAAGAACAAGGAGUUGCGGUCGUGCAUCGAUUAUCGCAAGCUCAACGCGCAAACCGUCAAGAACGUUGGCCCUCUUCCGCGCAUCGACGACCUCCUCGAACGACUGGGCGGCGCCAAGUUCUUCUCCAAGCUUGACCUCAAAUCGGGAUAUCACCAACUCGAGAUCCGGCAGGAGGACCGCUACAAGACCGCGUUUAAGACGCGAUAUGGGCAUUUCGAAUGGCUGGUUAUGCCUUUUGACCUUACGAAUGCCCCAACCACAUUCCAAGCGGCUAUGACAACAGAGUUCCGACACAUGCUGGAUAGAUUCGUACUCAUCUACCUCGACGACAUCUUGGUGUACAGCCAGAGUUUGGACGAGCAUGUGGAGCACCUGCGCACCGUUUUGGAGCGGCUACGACAAGCCAAGUACAAAGCCAACCGCGACAAAUGCGAAUUUGCGCGGCAAGAGCUGGAGUACUUGGGACAUUAUGUGACGCCGCAAGCAAUCCGUCCGCUUGCGGACAAGAUCGAGGUCAUUCGUGUAUGGCCCGAGCCCACCAACACCACGGACGUUCUUUCAUUCAUGGGGUUGGCAGGCUACUAUCAACGCUUCAUCACCGGGUACUCAAGGAUUGCCGCACCUAUGACAAGAUUACAAUCGUCAAAGGUGCCAUUCGUAUUCGAUGACGACGCACGCUGGUCAUUCCAAGCACUCAAGACGGCCAUGCUCAUGGCACCCGUCCUUAGCAUCUACGACCCCACCCUGCCAACGAGAGUGACAACCGACGCUUCCGGCUAUGGCAUUGGGGCAGUCUUGGAACAACAUGACGGCGACGAAUGGCACCCUGUGGAGUAUUUCAGCCACAAAGUGCCUCCCAUCAAUUCACUUGAUGAUGCAAGGAAGAAGGAGCUGCUCGCGUUCGUGAUGGCUCUCAAGCGAUGGCGGCACUUCCUCCUUGGGCGUUGUAGGUUCACAUGGGUCACGGACAACAACCCAUUGACCUACUACAAGACGCAUGAUACGGUGAGCAGCACGAUCGGACGAUGGAUGUACUUCAUCGACCAAUUUGACUUCACACCGAAACAUUUCCCCAGCCUCUCCAAUCGCGCAGCAAAUCCACUCUCGCGAAGACCCGAUGUUUGUGCUAUGACACAUCAUGCCUUCGCAUUUGACGAGGAACUCCAGCGACACUUCAUCCGGGGCUAUGAGUCUGAUCCGGAUUUCGCCACGUUGUAUGCGCAACUAUCUUCGGAUCACCCGCCGGCCAGCCACUAUCGCAUCGUCGACGGGUACUUGCUCCUCCACUCGAGAGGCAAGGACUUAUUGUGUGUCCCACGCGACCGUCAUCUUCGAACUCGCCUUCUCGGUGAGUACCAUGACUCGCGACUUGCCGACCAUUUUGGAGUCAAUCGCACUAUUGCACGACUUCGGCAACGAUUCCGAUGGCCUGACCUCAUUACCGAUGUCACUCGGUAUUGCGACUCUUGCGAAGUUUGCCGACGAAGCAAGCCCCACAACCGCAAUCCCUACGGCGAGUUGCGCCCGAUGCCUAUCCCACAGGAACCCGGCCUCUCAAUUGCCAUGGACGUCACCGGUCCGUUUCCUCGCGACCGGCUCGGGCACGACGACGUCCUCACGGUUAUUGACCGUUUGAGUAAGUAUGCGCGAUUUCUUCCUUGCAAGGACUACCCCACGGCUCCCGAACUUGCGCGCCUCCUACACACCAGCUGGAUUUGCAGCCAUGGCGUGCCAGAAGACAUCGUCAGCGACCGCGACACUCGCUUCAUCUCGGCAUUUUGGACCUCUCUCAUGCAGGAAUCCGGCACGAAGAUGAAACCAAGUUCGGCUCGGCAUCCACAAACGGACGGGCAAACGGAGCGGGCACAUCAAACCGCUCAAAUGAUGCUUCGUACGCUCAUCCGUCCGGAUCAGAAGGAUUGGGUUGACCGCCUCCCCGACAUCGAGUUCGCCUACAACACUUCGUUGCAUCCGGCGAUCAGCGUAACUCCAUUUGAGGAAUUGCUGGCUCAAGCCCGCGCGAACAUGCAAAAGGCUCAAGUCCGCAUGCCGCAGCAAGCCAACAGGCAUCGCGUGCCAUAUCCCAUCCGCGCCGGUGAUCUGGUGUGGGUCUCCGCGGAAGAGUUUGCACUCGAACAGGAUGUUUCACGCAAACUGCUUCCCAAGUGGUUUGGACCAUGGCCCGUAACAUCAGCCGCGGGCGAUGAGCCCGAUGUCCCCUCAUUUGUGAUCAACAUUCCCCCGCAUCUGACGGUCCAUCCAGUCUUUCACGCCUCGAAGUUGGCAACAUAUACACCAGCCAAGAGCGACGACUUCCUGGGCCGAAGAUCGCAAGAUCCUCCAUCUAUGGAUGGUCAUCAGGAGGUUGACCGCGUCAUCACGGAUCGCAAGUACGGCAGCAAGCCUCGACAGUACAAAGUUACAUUCAAAGUAUGCGAUCCCGACGACAUUCGGUGGAUUUCAGGAACAGAUUUGAAAGCAUCCACACCGCUGAUCUACGCUCACUAAGCGACAAAGGUUAGCUCAGGGAACUUCACGACCUGCCCCUCCCACCCGGACUGUGGUCCCUCCCUCAGACAGACAGCUUUGCCCUCGCAGGUAAGCUCGGUCUUUCAAGGAGGGGGGGGUGUGGCAUACUGUGCAGCCACACGGGCCUGCAGGGCCUGUCCCGCAGUCUCAGCCUAAAAGCCUAGAAACAAGGGCUUACAGGCCCCGUGUCGUUUCAGCCUGAAAGACUGAAGAACGAGGGCCUGCAGUCCCUAUGUCGUUUCAGCCUAA